CACACUCAAUGAAUUUCCAAAUCUAUCCUCCUCCUCCAACCAAAAAAUGGCUAGGCUUCAUCACCGCCGUUUGGGUUCAAUCCAUCUCCGGCAACAAUUAUACCUUUUCAAACUACUCUGACGCCUUAAAAUCCCUCAUGUCCUUAACACAACUCCAACUCAACAACCUCUCCGUUGCUAAAGACGUUGGAAAAGCCUUUGGUAUUUUCGCUGGCUUAGCAUCCGACAAGUUACCCACACCCCUAAUUCUACUCAUUGGUUCAGUAGAAGGAUUCAUUGGUUAUGGUGUGCAAUGGUUAGUAGUUAGUGGUCGAAUCCAACCACUACGUUAUUCAGUCAUGUGUGUUUUCUUGUGCAUGGGUGGGAAUAGUACGACUUGGAUGAAUACUGCCAUUUUAGUGACAUGUAUACGUAAUUUUAGGAAGAAUAGAGGACCUGUUUCGGGGAUUUUGAAAGGUUACGUAGGUUUAAGUACGGCUAUAUUUACUGAUAUUUGUUCGGCGCUUUUUGCAAGUGAUCCUUCAACUUUCUUGUUAUUGCUUGCUACUGUCCCUUUUGUUGUUUGUUUAGCGGCUGUUGUGUUUUUACGUGAAAUUCCACCUUCUUCUACGUCAGCUGAAGAGAAAGAGGAAGUUAAAUACUUCGGUUUUAUUAAUGUUGUUGCUGUGUUUAUAGCAGUGUACUUGUUAGCGUUCGAUAUAUCAGGGCCUCAUGGCGCUGGCUUUUCGCGAGUGUUUGCUGUUAUACUGCUAAUUUUAUUGGGAUCGUCCUUGUUCAUUCCGUUGCACCUUAUGUUCAAGAAUUUUAUCCGUUCCAAUUCGGAAAAUUUAGAUAUUGAAGGUGAUAAUACUGCAAUUAAGCCUUUAUUGGCCCAACAAAUUGUGGAGGAAAAAGAUACGACCGAGGAAAUGGGGAGGGUGCCAGUGAUUGGAGAAGACCAUACAAUAUUUGAGGCGAUGAGGACUGUGGAUUUUUGGAUAUUGUUUGUAUCGUUUCUUUGUGGAGUUGGGACAGGUUUGGCAGUGAUGAAUAACUUGGGACAAAUGGGGUUAGCUUUGGGCUAUGUGGAUGUGUCAAUUUUCGUGUCGCUCACCAGUAUUUGGGGAUUUUUUGGCCGCACUCUUUCUGGAUCUGUCUCUGAGUACUUCAUCAAGAGAGCUGCAACACCAAGGCCUAUCUGGAACGCAGCUUCGCAAAUUCUAAUGGCUGUUGGAUACAUCCUAAUGGCCAUGGCUAUACCAGGAUCACUAUACAUUGGCUCUAUCGUAGUUGGCAUAUGCUACGGAGUUCGUCUUGCUGUCACUGUUCCGACUGCCUCUGAACUCUUUGGUCUCAAGUACUAUGGUCUCAUCUACAAUAUCCUUAUCCUCAACCUUCCCCUCGGCUCGUUUCUCUUCUCUGGUUUGCUUGCUGGUUUACUCUACGAUGCUCAGGCAACAAAGACACCGGGUGGCGGUAACACAUGUAUAGGUGCUCAUUGUUACAGGCUUGUCUUCAUAGUUAUGGCUAUGGCAUGCAUCGUUGGAUUCGGAUUAGAUGUCUUGUUGUUGAUCAGAACCAGGAGCUUAUAUUCAAAAAUUUAUGCGAGCAGGAGAUCAAAGAAGACUGCUGUUUUAUCUUAAAUCAUAUGGAUUCUUUGCAGUGUCUUUUUAUCGACCAGAACCAGGAGCUUAUAUUCAAGAUUUACGCGAGCAGGAGAUCAAAGAAGACUUCUGUUUUAUUUUAAUUGGUAUGAAUUGUUUGUAGUGUUAGGUCAAGUGAGGAUUGAUGGGGAAAUUUUGUCCUGGUGAUAUGAUAUCCUGUCGCUUGUGCAGAUUGGCGAGGUCACGAUGUUUGAUUAGCUUGAAUUUGUUGUCUGCAUACAUUGUGUGAUCGUAGAGAUGUAAAACUGUAUUAAACACUUCUUUUUUGCCACGAUUAAAUGGAGGGAAUUGAUGAUACCAUAUUGGAUGAUCAAAUUAUGAAUUGUUAA